AUGCCGCUGGAGAGUAUGAAGACGCGCCUUGUUUAUGCACUGAAAGCGUCGAGAAAAGAUCUCUGGCGCGUACAGGCGGGUGAUGGCAUCGACGAUGGAGACCGCAUCGACGCGAUUCUGACGACCGCGGCGCUGGAUGCCUUCGACCACGACCACACGAUCGUUGCCUUCGAGUCCUCGAAACCGGCCGCUCAACUGUACGAUGUGGUGGCGGAGGCGUAUCUCGAUCUCCCUAGCCGCACCCUCGAUCUCCAAGAAGCUGUCCCGCUCUUGCGCGAAUGCCUGCGUUGGGAUGCAGGUCCGCCAAAGCCUUCACCGCAGCGGGUCACGAGGAAAGCAACGCUGCCCUUGUACCCCGUUGGUCUGCGCUUCCGGAGCUUCCCCAGCGUUGCUCGCAAAUCCACGUCGCGAUUGCAGCUGGUCAACAACGACGUGCUCGUUGGCAUGCCUCGUGUUGCUAGCUGCUGCGCGUACAGCCUCGUAAAGGGGACUCCGUGUAUACCUAAGCGGCGUACGAUCAAGCGCGUCGGGUGCUUGUCUGGCGAGAUGGCUCAGCAUCACCCUCUCUGCUUCCCUAGCCAUCACUACACUCAAGUCAUCGGCAACUCAAGCGCGCACGCGAAAUACGCUCGCGCGGCUACUGCUCGAUCGUCUACUUCCUCUGUCUGCGCUUCGGAGGCUACACGCAAAGACAUGGCGCUCUCGGUCGACGUGGCGUAUAUGUGGGGGAUCGUCAUCUCAUCCUUCCUCUAUGGCGUCUACCUUGUCAUGUUCUGCAUCGCCCUCUACAUCCUCCUCCUCCCCCUUCAACCCUCUUACCGCGCGCGCCGUGAGCCCGUCAAUCGCGUCCUCGUCAGCGUCGCCGUGCUCAUGUGCAUCACCUGUACACUGCACUUCAUCGCGCAAUGCCUCAGAAUUGGAUACGCCUACGUGGAGCACAUCGAGCGCCCGGGCACGCAGCCGCCCUUCCUCGAGGACCUCUCACACCCACUGGCUAUCGUGACGGGCGUUUGCUUCACCGUGGCCGCGAUCUUGACGGAUGCGUUGACGAUCUACCGACUCUACAUGAUCUGGGCGCGGAAUGUCUGGGUGUGUGUCGCGCCGGCGCUCACUCUGGUGGGCAUGAUGGUCUGCGGCUUCGUGAUGUGUGCAGUGACGCAAGAGGCGGGGUCGGAGGUCAUGCUCUACGGGACAUCGGCUGGAUACUGGCUGAUCGCGACGUUCAUCGUCGGCCUAUGCACAAACUUUGUCGCACUCGGUCUCAUCAUUGUCCGCUUCUCCAAACGCGACCGCGCGCAGCCCGAGAGCGCUCGCGGCGUCGGCGGCAUAAGCCUGGUGAUUACGGUCAUCAUUGAGAGCACUCUCAUAUACUCGUACGCCUCCCACUCACCAAAGUUCUUCCCCUUUCUGAUCGUGAUGCGCAGCGGCACGAAAUUCAUCAACUUGAUGCUCCUCAUUGCCCAGUCGAACGUAUCCUACACGUUCUUCUGCAUCGUCAUUCCGGUGAUCGGAAUCGCAUCGCAUUUGCUCAUCAUCCACGUCGGGUAUGAGAAAUACUUCAAGCCCUUGACCAGCCAUGGGCCCUUCUCUUCGGAGCGGGCGGCCACGAGCAUACCGAUGCAAGUUCGAUCGCCGACGAGGAGCCAAUUCGGAGACAGGUCGUCGAAGGUUCCAAGUAGCUUCAUCGACUUCGACACGCCGGAAGACAGUCAUACCGGUGGGAAGGCCUUCGAGCUGACUCCGCCGUUGAUAGGCCCGCCGCCCGUAGUGCGUGGAGGGAGGAAGCCAGACCUGUCGCCGCCACCAUCCCCGCGGACGCUCUUUCCGCCGGCGCCGUCGUCGCGCGGUCUGAUACCAAGGAUAAAGGUGGAUACAGAUGUGGAUGUGUCGUACUAAACGCAUCGCGCGUUGGUGUGAAUUUAAAUUUGGGAUGCACGUGUCGAAGUGCAGCCAUGUAUCAAAUAAGAUGCGAUACAGCUGAGGCGUCUCCAAAAGUAACACACGAAGCGCGGGCUUGUGGCAGAAGAGAUACGGAAUUAAGUGCGAGCGGAUGAUAU